AUGAGCCCGUUCCCCAUUGGUUCUAUAUUCAAGGUAGCAAAGAAUCUUCGACACCUUGUGCUUGAUAGCAAGCGGCAAGAGCACGAUCUUAAAUCAGCCUACAACUACACCACCAGCGACUUGCGGCAUAUUGUGGAACGCUGUUCCGUGCUAGAAACAUUAGGGCUGCCAGUAGAUAUACAGGACCAUUCCAAUGGCUCCACGAGGUAUAAGAGAGUGAACAUGCAAAGGUUCACGAGCACCGGCAAACUGAAGGCACUGCACCUUCGUAACCGUUGUGAGCCGAGACGCCGUGCUAAGGCUGAUGCUCGUGCCAUCGCUCGACCAUUUCUGCGUCAUCCUAUCUCGAGCAGCCUUGUUGUUAUUGUUGAUUUGGGUGCCUGGGUCCAAGGAUUUUAUGUCACUCGCAAAGACAUUCUCCCCCUUAGUGGCGGUUUUCUGAGCACCGUUCCCCUUCUUCAUGACCAGCUAGCCUAG